GCAUUGGUGUACAAGGCACGGGAAAAUAGCAGCAGUGCCGGGCUCACCAAAAUGGAUGAACUUCAGGGCGGUAGCGAAUGACAGAGCAUGUGUGAAACUUCAUAUUUCCCCAUCACACGUUUCGUCAAUACGAGAUAUUACGACCUGGGGUUGAAAAGCAAGAGAUAUAAUGAUGUCCUCGUUCCGCCCGCUAUGGCACACCCACAUCAAGCCAUUACACUCUCAAGACUCGCCGCCGAGCAACCUCAUACUAUUAUCUUGGCAGUCACUCCAUCCCCGAGAAGAAGGUUAUCAUGAAGUCCAUCACCGGAACACUCUUCACACUUGCGGCGGCUGGGGCUUCUCCAGUGCCACCCGCCGCUGCGGCACCCAUUGAGCAAAUCAUCGUCAACGACUUUGUGCGCACCAGUCUAACCGGCGAACCAACGACGGUACAUUUCUCGCUGUUAAACCACUCCAUCACCUGCGACAGCGGUGCGUUGGCAGAGUACCCAUCGCAGCGCUUUACUUGCACCGACCAUGCCUACACCUUCUCGGUCUUGGACAGCCCCAAUCCCAACUCAUGGACUCUGGAGAUUCAACACACUCUUGAAGAUGGCACGGAACUCGCUGGCAGUUUCCACACAGGCUGCAAUGGGCCUCUGCCUACCCUCUGCUUCCAGAUUGGGACUGCAAGUAUUGCUCUUGUAAAGAGAGAAUAGGGGCAGAUAUGGGCCUCCUAAGGCGAGACAUGGGUGCAUGUAAAAUAAUAAUACGGAGAAGAGCCACUGAAAUAAAUUAUCUGGAGAACAAAACAACUUGUAACUAUGGAUUAUGACUCAUAGCGCGCCCGUUUGAAAUUUCUAUAUCUAUUGAAAAGUCCAACGACUGCGAUUACGCCUCCAGACGUUCGAUAUGCUUGCCGAGAGGCCGAUUUAGAGUGCAUUUAAUUGAUGCAAUAUUUCGUCUUUGCAUACUUAGCUGCUCUCCUGAAGGCAAUAGUGCUAUAUGCGGCGCCUUUCGUGGAAGUUACCGGCUAUAAAGACCUAGACUGUUGGUGCUUCACUAACUCCUAUCUCGCGCACGAGGUCUUAAGGCUGCGCUCUCGUGUACCCCCGCUGGGUCGCACCUAUGUUGAAACUAGGAGUUUUGUAUAAGGCAGACACUGCCUUGGUUUCUAAGAGGGUUGUACGAAGUAUCCUACAUCAAGUAUGGUGGUUAGCC